UCCCCCUCCUCAACCUCAUCUCUCUCUCUCUCUCUCUCUCUCUCUCUAAGGACUUGUUUGUUUCAUUGUACUUCUUUAGAGAAUCUACCUUGGAGGUACCCAAAAAAAAUCCCAGUACUGUUAGGCAUGAAUUGCCCACAGGAUUGGCCAGAGCCAAUAAUCCGUGUCCAAUCCUUAUCCGACAGCGGAAUACCCAAUAUCCCCGAUCGGUUUAUCAAGCCCCCACCGGACAGGCCGGUAACAAACACCGCCGUAAAUGAUGUCAACAUACCCUUAAUCGACCUUAAAGGCCUGUUUGGUGACGACAGUAGUCUCAAGGCAACAACCUUGGACCAGAUAUCCCAAGCGUGUCGGGAGUGGGGAUUUUUUCAGGUCAUAAACCAUGGUAUUAGUCCUCGGCUGAUGGACCUAGCCAGAGACAUCUGGCGCGAUUUUUUCCAUCAGCCGAUGGAGGAAAAGCAGGCUUACGCGAAUUCGCCGAGGACUUACGAAGGGUACGGAAGCCGGUUAGGGGUACAAAAGGGUGCCAUUCUUGACUGGAGCGACUAUUAUUUUCUUCACUACCUUCCCCAGUGUUUAAAGGAUCAUAAGAAGUGGCCUGCCUUGCCACCAUCUCUCAGGGAGGUGAUGGAUGAGUAUGGGGAGGAAUUGUUGAAGCUCUGUGGGCGAUUAAUGAAGGUUUUGUCAAUAAACCUUGGAUUGGGGGCGGAAGACCUUCAAAAUGCAUUUGGGGGGAACAAUAUUGGGACUUGCCUAAGAGUGAAUUUCUACCCAAAAUGCCCUCAACCUGACUUAACCCUUGGUCUCUCUUCACACUCUGACCCCGGUGGCAUGACCCUUCUCCUCCCCGAUGCUCAGGUCCCCGGCCUUCAAGUCCGAAGAAACAACAACUGGAUCACUGUGAAGCCGGCUCCCCAUGCUUUUAUCGUUAACAUCGGCGAUCAAAUUCAGGUACUAAGCAACGCGGUCUACAAGAGUGUUGAGCAUAGAGUCAUCGUUAAUUCGGGGAACGAACGUGUAUCGCUUGCCUUCUUCUACAAUCCCAAGAGUGAUAUACUCAUCCAGCCGGUGGAGGAUCUCGUGACGCCGGAGAAACCAGCAUUGUAUCCGGCCAUGACCUUCGACGAAUACCGGCUAUUCAUAAGGACAAGAGGUCCUUCGGGAAAAUCACAAGUGGAGUCUCUAAAGUCACCAAGAUGAUUAUUCCGAACCUUGGGCCACAGGAGGGUUUGUCCGGCGGUUUACUUGAAAGCCAGAAAUUAGUCGGCGCGCAAGUUGGCUCAGACAUCUUGCACAUAUGAUUUUUGUGGAGCUCACUUCGGAUCAUAUAAAGAUGAUCCAAACUGCACAUUUAAAAAAAAUAUUUUUAAUGAAUUUCUGUAAAAAAAUAGUUAAAUCCGAUAUUUGUAAAGACUUUUUCAAAAUUCGUAGGGCAAACCAGCAAAUUUUGCCCUACAAAUUCUAAAAAAAAAAAAUUACAAAUGGGUUGAUUUUUACAAGACCCAAUAAAAAAAUGUUUCUAAAAAAAUCAACAGUUCGGAUCAUCUUUACUGGACCCGAAUUGAGCCCCACAAAAAUCAUCUAUGCAAGAUCUGUGCUAGCGAUAUGUGGGCAUGAGACUUUCCGGGAAAAAAAUCUCCAAGAUAAUUGUAAUUGCAUAGGAAAAAAAAUGAAGAAGUGGGGGGAGUGUCAUUUCUCAAUUCUUAAUGUAAAAGUAGGUCUACCCCCACAGAACCAUCAAAUUAAAUUUGUAAAUCUACCAAUCAUAUAGGGGGCUUUAAUUACCAUGUAAAAGAAAUUGCAAAGGGAAAAAUAUACUCCGUACUUACAAAGGAAACAAA